CCACCUAUGAUACAGGUUGGGAAAUUCGGGCGAGCUGGGUGGCUGGGCAAUUGGGUAUCCAGUGGCAGGUCCCGUUUUAUCGAAGGUACACUAUACACACCUGUACUGUAAAUGUAAGGUCCAUAGAACGACCCAGCGAACACUAGGACACAACGCUGCUUUGCGACACUGUUACUCGCCACCAAUUUUCAAGGCAGACCUACUCCGUGAGCUGGUGGGUGGUGAGCAAGGGCGGCAUCGUCCUCCUUCCCUAUCUGGGGUGCCACAUCUUGGCGGCAAAGAGGCAACGUCCACACUCGCGUGUAUUAUUAGUGGGACCUUACUAGGUUACACUUGAUAUUCGUCUUCAAUCUGGCUGCUGCGAUCUGUCCAUUUCGAUCAUCUCGACCUCAACCUCAACUCCAGUUCACCUUUCUCUUAUAAUAUCUGAAUUCAUCGCAUCCCCCUGGUGCCACUGAGCUUCUUCGUCUUUCUCGGUAGGAUCAGAAGUCUCUCCUCGUCCGUCGCAACCAUGGUCAACAUGCUCAACCCCCAGAUCACCAACUUGGCCAUCAUCCUGGGGAUGAUGCAAGUUUCCAAACGAAUCCCAUUCGAUGAUCCUACCGUGCUGAACGGGGUGCGCGCCCUGUACAUCUGCUCCAACUUGAUCAUUGUGGCCCUUUACUAUUACAUUGGCAUGAAGAUUAAGUCCAAAAGAGAUCUCACUACACUCAAAUAUGUUGAGCCGGCACCCAUGGGAUCCGGCGAGGAGCCCAAGUUGGUCACCACCACCAUCCAAGAGUACGAUCAGAACCAGCUCGGCGCCGCAUACAAGGGCCAGCUCACCGGUGUGGCCAUGAUGGCAUUCAUGCAUCUUUACCUUAAUUACACCAAUCCUCUCCUGAUCCAGUCCAUUAUUCCGGUCAAGAGCGCGCUUGAGGGCAAUCUGGUCAAGGUGCAUGUGUUCGGCCAGCCUGCGGUUGGCGAGCUCAAGCGACCAUGGAAGGCUUCUGCUGGUCCCUUUAACAUGGGCGGAGGAGAGACCAAGAGCGACAAGGCCAGCAUUGAGGCCGCAGAGCGUUCUGGCCGCGGUGGUGCCAAGGAUGAAUAGACAGUUCCAUGUCAUAGAAUUUUGGAGUCAGUCAAAAGCAAUUCGCAUGUAGAUCGAUCAAUCCACGCAUCUUAUCAGUUUCUGGUUGAGCAAUAGUCAGAGCAGCGUACCGAUAUCACGUGCACGUGUUGUCCCC